AUGUCCAAGAAAGAGGACGGCACGGACCUCGACGCGCCCCACACUCCGCCCGCCGACAAACAGAGCUUCCUGCCCACCCCUCUUCCUAGCGGUCAGCCCUUUGAGCCCGAACAUGAGCCCACAGUCACAGAUGCAGACUCCACCCAAGAUACCCAACCGGACGACUCUACCGAGCACAAGGAGCAGCCUGAAGACAAUGCCGAUGUGUCGACGCCUCUAGCACGACCCAUUUCAAGACCCCAGACUCCCACCGAGGCCGACCCAGAGAAGGAGGCGCUCAUUCGACACUGGAAGCCCCUCAGUGAGGAGGAAAUCGCGCAGGGAGGAGAACCGGUGGCAGAGUCACUGCGAGCAGCCAACGAGACUAUUGAGGCUCUCACAGCUCUUCUGGCAAAGACCAAGAUCCAGAAGUCGCACUUCCAGCUACAGAACAAGCUACUGACCAUUGAGACCCAUGAAGCGGCCCAACGAUACGAGGUGGAGAACAACAUCGCCAAGAGAGAGGUGGAUAGACUGCGACUGGCAGAUCAGGACGGCGAGUCACCCCGUCAGCUGCUGGGAGAGUAUAACAAGUCCAGCACCAAGGUGUUGGAGAGUUACAAGCGAAAGUUGCGACGGGCAAAGUUGAGGCUGGAGGAUGCAGUGUUUGACAUUGAGUGGCGGGACCGCGAGAUUCAACGACUGCGAGCUCGACUGGAGCCUGUUACGCCUCAGGCACAGCAGCAUCCCCACCAGCACCCCGCACACCUGUCGCAGCAGCCGCAACCCCUGCUGCAGCACCCUCAUCAGCAACAACAGCAACCUCCACACAUGCAGAGCCCCCACCACCCAUCGUCUCUGCAGUCAUCGCCUGUUCUGCCGUAUUUCCCGCAACAUCAGCCCCAACCUCAGCAGCAACAGCAGCAGCAGCAACAUCACCCCAUGUCACCUGUGGGUAUGGUGCACAAGGGUAUGGGACACCGACGAACACAGUCAGCUUAUGAGAACCGCCAGCUGGACUCGCGGCCUCCCCCGCUGUCCAUUGGUACCUCUCAGCCGCCUCGACAACACAUUCAGCCACCUCAGUCGCAGCAACAACAGGGCCAGAACCACAGAAUGGAUGCCCUUGGACUGCUGGCUUCCCAGGCACUGCAUGAACACAAUCGAAGGUCGCCAACCGAGCUUAUGAGCCCAGUGGCGUUUCGAGGAUCGAGACAAUUACAGCCUCCACCAGCACACAUAAUGUCUAGUUCUCCUGUGGCCAUUCCUUCGUCGCCUCUUCGAGAAACCAAGGCCACAGAGCUGCCUCCCUCGUCACCAGAGAAACGACGACGAGGCUCUUCUGCAUCCACCAUUUCUGCUCCUUCAGAUGACGAGAACUUUGACUCGCAGCUCAACACUACUCCUGGCACUCCGUCACCAGUGCGGUCCAAGAUCAGUCCCAAGAAGAAGCUUGCUCAGGAGCGAGAGCUUGGGGCCAGUGGAGUCAACCGAGUCCUGGACUUUUCUCCCGCAGCAUAA